AAUAUUUGAACAAGUUACCUGUCUGUCUGAUCUAUUUAAUCCAACUAUUUCAAGUUAAGCAUGGAGAUAGUACGAAUCGCAUUUCUACUUUUCUUCCUGUUCUCAUAUCAUUCUGCGGGCCACAAGUUGCCGCAGUCCUCCAAUGAGAUAGCUGCCCUGAUUUCGGAUCAUCAUGGUGAUGGCGACAACAGUCUGUCGUCAUCCUCCGGCGGUACACCGUGCGAAUUCAAGGUGAGUGGAAAGAGUAGGGGAAAGGCCUCCAACAUUGCCCAGAAGGCGGCCAAGGAAGCCAAGGAGGCCUCCGAUGCCCAGAUAGAAGCUGGCGAGGCAGCUGCCCGCCAGGUGAAGCAGCAACUGGCCGACAAGGCGCUGGCCGCCGCCAAGGCGGCAGAAGCUGCGCUGGCCGGCAAGCAACAGAUUGUCGAGCAGCUGGAGUCCGAGGUGCGCGAGGGGGAGCUGGUGGUCCAGGAGGAGAGCACCUUGUUGCAGACCACCCAGACCACUUAUGCUGCGGCCGGGCAAGCGGCCAAACAGGCGGCAGAUCAGCUGAACACCAUCACGCUGGCGGUGAAGAAUGCGCAGGAUAAUGUGAUCAACUCGGAGCACGUGGCCAGUGGCGCGCAGCAGGAGCUGGGCGAGAAGCAACAGCUCGUGGAGGCGGCCAAGAAGCGGGUGGAGCUGUUGCUCCGCCAGCUGGAGGUGGCCCGUGUGGAUUUCAAGAAUACCAAAAACGCCGCCGAGAAGGCAGCCUGUGCUGCCCAGGAGGCCAGGCAAAGGGCCACCAGGGAGCGCAGGAGGGCGGAACUAAGGCACUUACUCUGGCUGAAGAGGGGACGCACCCACUGAACCCAGUAACUUGUAUAUCUUAUAUUUUAUUUUAUUGUAUUUAAAAGGUCAUAAG